AUGAUAGCUGUCAAGAAUGUAGAGAAGAAGCUAGACUAGGGCGUAAUCACUCCUCAAUUCCCUUUCCAUUUACGAUUUGGUGUUCAAGCCAAGACCUAUAUUUUGAAAGCACUCCUCUCUGCACUCUAAAGGAAGAUUUAAGACAAGAUGAAGAGCGCUUUGGUUUUUAUCUGCGUUUUGCUUUUUGUAAGCUACGUCGCUGAUGCAGAUAGUACGACAGUUGCACCCACGUCAAUGAUUAUGCCAACAUCAAUAACUGCAUCGCCAACAUCAACAAUUGCAUUGGCAACAGCACAUCAUUCGGAUAACUCAACGACCGCGUCUACUAAAAGAAAAUUUGUAUUUCAUUUUUUUAGUGGUAUCUUACUGGUAUUUUUAAUGGUAUUUUUUUUUAAACUUGCAGUUACGUUUCUUUUCUUUUUCUUUYUUCUUUUUAUUGUGCGCCUGUCUGUGAUAACCCAUCGUAACGUUUCUAUUUUUCGACGACAAUAAAAUCUUUUGGACCUGCUCAUAGUCUGACAGAACAGUCUCUUUUAAUUUUUUUCAUUCGGUAAAUACUGCUGUGUUUUAUAACUAUAACUCAUUUUCACAGGCUAAGCCUCGCUUAACAAUGUUUAGUAACCUUGCGGAUUUUUUAUGGUAUCUUUUAAUAGCUGAGUUACAAAUGAGGCUAAGCCUGUGCGAAUGAGUCUGUGGUCUUCAAAAACAGCGGUAUGCAUCGAUGCUGUAUUAGUCAAAAACAACGUCUUCAGAUUACAAUUACAAAGAUAUCCAAACUUCCCAAAACGCAAACAUUCGAUUGCCAAUCGUUUUAUCAGUCAGCAUGCACUAUAUAUGUAAUGUGAAAAACUGUAUUCCAUGAGGAGCCUAGCAUAUACAUCGAUGAUAUGGGUUAUCCGCAUAUAGCCACAACUUUCYGUAGACAAGAAUUUGUAAUCAAAACUCCAGGCACUUUUUUUAUGCAGGUUUAAAUAAAAACCAGUGAAACUGGCAUUUUAACUAUGAUUAAGAUUUGUAAAACUAUAAAAACACAUGUUUCUAAUAAAGUUUAAGUUAACGAA